AUCGGUAGUCUGAACGACGUUUUUAUAUACGGCUUACACGAGUUUCCCACAGGCCCUUGCUCCCGGGUAACGUUCGGCAUACCAGCAUUUAUCCUACACCCACGGCCAUGGAAGCCCUCGCGUUGUCUUCCAAUAUCCUAGCAGUACUCUCACUCGCCGGUAAACUCCUUGCAGCAGGAUACCAAUACGGCUCCAGUUCUGCCCAAUUCCCGUCCGAACUCCAACACCUAGUACAGGAAGUCACGGCGCUCAGUGGGGUCCUGCACGCUGUAAAGAUGCUGGCCGAUGACCCAGCCGCAAGUACGAGAACUGCGAGUGGGAGUUCCAAAGAUCUCAUAAGAACUAUGGGUGAACCUGUCGAGCAGUGUCGGAAGUUUAUGGAGGGGAUGUUGAGAGACCUGCAGGGGUAUGAUGCGGCGAGUAGGAGGCGGGGCGUUUGGAGGUUCUGCUGGCCAUUGAAGAAGACGACGAAGGAGUGGUGUGAGCGAUUAGAGAGGCAUAAGUCGAUGUUUGAAGUUGCCUUGUCAGUAGAUGAGGUGUGAGUGCUUCGUGAAUGUGUUGGGUGAGUAGGUAGUGGAGGCGUAUCUAAUUGGGCAUUAGGUCAUUAGCUAGGGAGAUUCGAAAUGAUGUGGGGGAUAUUAAGGCGCUUCAGCUCUUGAACGCGCAGGACGAGAAUCAGGUUUUAUAUAGUAGGUUAUUUUCAAUUCCUGCUGAAUUUUCAGGCUUCUAGGUGCCCGGGGUACUGUAUUGACCACGUUGGCUGGCGCCGCAACCAUUAAAGAGAGGUAUAUCAGACGGGACUACCCUGAAUCCGCUAUGUCCAUCUCUAGAAUAUGUCUUUUCAUUUAUCACACUUUAUACUUUCCGAUGCCAUUACUCUUUACUAACAGCUUUCAGGCGCUACGAAAAAAAGAAUCCGAGAUUGGCUUUCCCCCGCAGACCCACAUUCUAAUCAUUUGGCGGCGAGAAAUCUAUGCCAGUACGGCACUGGGAGUUGGUUCACGGAAGGGAAGGAGUUCGAAAAUUGGCUCAAGGCGGACAAAUCUUUUCUCUGGCUGUACGGGAUACGUUAGUUUCUCCCCCAUACAUCCUACUAAGCUUCAAUUCCCGUGACAGUAGGGCAGUGGCUAAUGGUAAAAAAGCUGGCGCGGGGAAAACGGUCCUAUCGUGAGACUCUCCUAGUGUCCUACGGGAAUGAUUACUGAUAAAUCCCUCCAAGGUCUACCGUAAUCGAACACGUUUCUGCAAAGUUUGCUAAAGAGCAUGGUUCUAUACUUGCAUACUUCUACUGCGACUUCAAGCAAGUAUCUAAGCAAAACGCGACACACCUUAUGGGAUCGAUCAUUUGGCAAAUUUCGAAUCAAGAGCCCACCGCGUUUCAGGAUGUACGGGACUUCUCGGCAAAAUCCGAAGAUGGUCCGCCGAAGUUAUCUGGUCUCAUCAACCUUCUCCGACAACUUUUAACACGGAUUUCUAAGCUUGCCAUUGUUGUUGAUGCGGUGGACGAAUGCGAAGAUAGCCUACAACCGGUCAUGCUAGAAACCCUGGGGAAGCUCUCGGGUAUAAGUAACGUCAAUCUUUUGGUUGUCAGCCGGGAUCAUCUUAAUAUAAAGCUUCACUUCGAGGGACUGCCCAGUCUCGGUAUUCAGAAACAGGACGUUGCGAAGGAUAUCGAGCUAUACAUCUCUCGCGAGAUUGGGCGGAAUAGAAAGUUGAAACGUCUAUCUAGCUACAUUAAGGACCAGAUUAUCGACGCUCUAGUAAAGGGAGCUCUGGGAAUGUGCGUGCUCACUAUUAUCCCUUAGAUUUAGCGGGUAAUUCUGAUGGCUUGUAAAGGUUCCGUUGGGCUAGAUGCUGCUUAGACCAGAUUAGUAAACUCAGAACCGAUAAAGCCAUCAAAUCCGCUCUAAAGUCACUUCCCCCAACCCUGGAUGAAACCUAUGAGAGAAUUCUAUGCAACAUAGCAGACGAGGACCGCGAGCUUGCACUAACUGUGUUUCGAUUCCUGGUAUGCGGUGACCGGAGCUUAACGCUUUCCGAGAUCAGAGAAGGUCUAGCGACAGAGAUUGGCUCCAAGCGGAUGGAUCUCGACAAUAGGCUUAAUAAUGAAGAAGAUAUUCUAGAUAUCUGUGGCGGGCUUGUUGAUAGAAACGAGAUGAACAUAGCCGGAUUAGCACAUUUCUCGGUAAGGGAAUAUUUGGUAUCACCGAAUUUGGCCAAGGGUAAAGCUUCAUUCUACCAUAUCACUGAAACUCUGGGGAACACUGAGCUUGCAAAGGUCGCAUACACAUAUCUACUACUCGAUGAUCUCAAUACAGGCCCUUGCAGCACUGUCGCUGAGUUCAAUCUCCGGUUGAAAGAAUAUCCUCUGUUUUUGUAUGCUGCCCGGCACGGUUGGAAGCAUGUGCUCAAGUACAAAUACGGUUCAGACAAGAUACUGGACGCGCUACUUGCACAAUUCUACAGUGACGAUAAUAAUCCGAAUUUCGUUUCAUGGCGGCAGGCUCAGUUCUCCGACUCCGAGAUCCUCACUGAUUAUUUGGAUCCAAGCAAGUCCUCAACAGCCACACUAUACUACGCUUCUAAAGACGGUCUCUGGCAGCUAAUUAACGGGAUAAUUAGCGCCGGUACCGACGUCAACCAUUCCGGCGGUCCAGGUGCAACCCCACUCGGAGCCGCGGCGAGAUACGGUCACCUUAAAACAGUUAAAGUCCUCUUAGAACAUGGCGCAAAUGCGACACAGAGCCCUAGAAAUGACCCAAUGCGCAGUGCAGCGGUCCACGGGCAUGCAGACUGCGUAAAGGCACUGAUAGAAGCGGGAGGAACAAGCGACGACCCGGAUAUCGGCCUAUAUGGAGCCUCUAUUUUUGGGGCAGUGGUUUGGGGACACGAGGAAGUCUUUAAUACAAUUCUGUGUGCGGAGUAUUACACAAAACUUGAAGAUAACAAGCCCCUCCGGUUAACGAUGUACCACGCUGCGCAAGAAGGAUUCGACUGGGCCGCACAGAUGCUCAUAGAGAAAUAUGGUUACCGGAUAAUCUGCGACGAUAAUGAGUUCCUCCUCAGAACUUUAAAGGUUAUAGCAGAACACAGCAGAAUCAGGACUCUUCAAUGCAUUCUUCAGAGGCAGGAAGCUAGGGUAAUUCUUUCAAGAGCUGACUUCUUUGCACCAGUUCUGGAGGGCGCUGUUUACUAUGGACACGCGAAAAUGGUGGAGUUGCUGCUCAGAAAUAAGAUGGAGUCGUCGGAAUUGGGGGUUUCAUUUCAUCUUGCGAUUGCAAAGGGGUAUCCAAUGAUUGGCAAAAUGCUGCUGGGCGAAGGUGCGGAUCCGCGUGCUAAAGAUGAACAUGGCUGGACUCCAAUGUUUUAUGCUAUGCAAUGUUUGAAGGAGGGUUCUGUGGAAGGACUUCUAACAGUGCUCGGGGACGUUGAGAAAUCAGAAAUUAUGAACGUCGCGGGAAUGGGGCCGGCGGAGUGGGAGGUAAUCGGUAAUUCAACGGGGCUGAAGAUUAGUGAAGAUGGAUGUGAAGUUGAAAAUGGUAUGAUAAGCAACCGGUUUCCAAGCAGUAGCCCGGGGCUAACAUAUCCUCUAGUCUCGACCUCCGAAGAGCAACUUAGGGCAAAAUUCCCUAUUACCCCAGUUGUAGACGACUACUACUUUGAAGUUCGCAUAUUAAAAGGAUCCGACAGCUGCAUCAUUGGCUUCGUGGAUGCCAUGUACCACUACGUCAUCGACGGCUUCGAGCUCUACUCUGCCGAGCUCGGGCACACCUUCCGUUCCUGGGGCUACGCCCCAGGGCGCAUCCACACCCAAGAGGAUGUCCUCCCUGCCAUUCCAUCUUUUACCACAAAUGACAUCAUAGGUUGUCAUUUCGACCGAGUAAGAGGCGCAGCCUCGUUCACGUUGAAUGGGAAACGAGCCGGUAAGUACCCUUUCAUUAUUCUAUCGAGUCUCACAACCCUAACAAAUACAGGCAAGCCGCUAUCCGGCGUACGUGGAAAAUUACGUCCAAUGAUCAGGCUCGCGCCGGGGGAUAAGAUUCGGGCCAAUUUUGGCAGCGAACCUUUCCUACACGAGAUCCCCGAGCCGGCUGCCGCGGAGGCGUACAAAAAGGAGCGCCCCCUGAGAUUCCCACUGGACCUGUGGUUUCGCCAUCCCAGUGAGCUCGACGAGUGAUAUUUUGUGUCUGUCUGAGUGGUUGCUUGUACGAUGUCUGGGCUAACCUGUGAUAAUGGGCCCUCGUUACAAGAAAAUCCUUGGGAGAAAGAAUUUCCUUUCCUUUAUUAUUGACAAUAACUCGCCUUUCUUCAGAGAACUUUUUUCCAAACGGUGAUCCAAGGCCUGGCCUCGAUCCAUUUUGUCGAAGUUCCCCUUGUAUUAUAUGAUACUAUUUAGGCAGCCGAUACCGAGAAUUUGCGACACUCAGUAUUCUUGCAUGAGGGGCCUACCAGGGCAUAAGAGUAGCUUGAAAUUAGAGGCAUGAAUUAGGUUAAUAUUUUUCCCAUC